UGGCGGGGGGCCCCAGCCUCUGCAGGGCUCUGGUCACAGCCGUGAUGCUGGGCAGCUGGACAGGGCUGCUUGUCUCCUGUCGUGGCAUUUGGCUGGUGCGACAGAUGGGACGAGGUGCAGUGGUUGGGGCUUGAAUUUUAAGUCGUCAGCCAUCCCAAGACGUACACGCGUAGUUGCUGUUCACAUUUUUUAAUCACAGCUGAGCUCGUGAUCAGUCUGUCUUCCAGGAGUGUGUUUUUGCAACUGUUCAUGAUUUUUUUUUCAAGUUCAAGUACAUGUGAGAGAAGAGCCAGCAGCUGGCCGACUGCACACCCAGUGAAACAUUGCUGAGUAGAGAGUCGAGAGACGGGCUCUGGAAGCGUGUUCUUGCGAAGGGGGAACUGUCUGUCCUUAGACGCUAAACAGAGGAGCUCGAAACGGUUCUGGAGGACAACACGGUCGGCUCCACCAGCUCCAGGGGAGGGUGCGGCUCUUUAAACCUUGUCUUUCUCACACCAUCGGGCAAAGCGACGUUUACUCGGUUUUCUGCUUUUCCUUGGCUUCUUGUCCUCGGACUCUGUCACCAGGUCAGCUGUCCUUACAGCCCCUGUUCAAGUAGUAGCUCCCGUCUGAGAGCCCCCCGGGGCUGGGGCGCCCAGAGCUGACCUCCACGGCGAAGCCCGCAUGCUGGGACUGGAGCCACGGGAUCUGGGACUGGAGCCUCGGGAGCUGGGACUGGAGCCUCGGGAGCUGGGACUGUGGAAGCUCAGGAGCUGGGACUGGAGCCUUGGGAGGUGGGACUGGAGCCUCGGGAGCUGGGACUGGAGCCUCGGGAACUGGGACUGGAGCCUCGGGAGCUGGGACUGUGGAAGUUCGGGAGCUGGGGCUGGAGCCUCGGGAGCUGGGGCUGGAACCUGGGGUGAACACUCGUACAGGCCGUCGUUCCUCUUCCCUGGGAAUAGCUCGAAGAGGAUUCCCACGGUUGAGAUCCAGGGCGAAUCGGUGAAGUAUUUCCUGGAUAACUUGGACCGGAUUGGCCAGCUGAACUACUUUCCCAGCAAGCAGGACAUCCUGCUGGCGAGGAAGGCCACCAAGGGCAUCGUGGAGCACGACUUCGUCAUCAAAAAAAUCCCCUUCAAGAUGGUGGACGUGGGCGGCCAGCGCUCGCAGCGCCAGAAGUGGUUCCAGUGCUUCGACGGCAUCACGUCCAUCCUGUUCAUGGUGUCCUCCAGCGAGUACGACCAGGUGCUCAUGGAGGACAGGUGCACCAACCGGCUGGUGGAGUCCAUGAACAUCUUCGAGACCAUCGUCAACAACAAGCUCUUCUUCAACGUCUCCAUCAUCCUCUUCCUCAACAAGAUGGACCUCCUGGUGGAGAAGGUCAAGGCCGUCAGCAUCAAGAAGCACUUCCCAGACUUCAAGGGCGACCCCCACCGGCUGGAGGACGUGCAGCGCUACCUGGUGCAGUGCUUCGACCGGAAGAGGCGCAACCGCAGCAAGCCGCUCUUCCACCACUUCACCACCGCCAUCGACACCGAGAACAUCCGCUUCGUCUUCCACGCCGUGAAGGACACCAUCCUGCAGGAGAACCUCAAAGACAUCAUGCUGCAGUGAGAGCGGCCGCGCCGCGGGCCCGGGCCCCGGGGGCGCGCUCCGUCCCGCCGGCGCGCGCACGGCCGAAGGCGGCGCCGCGCCGGCAUUAGCUACUGAGUCCUGGGGACGAGUGACACUACUGAGAUCCAAGCGGUCACCCUGGUGUGAACGUGCGACGCCGGAGAACACGGCUUCCCUCUUCCGGACGCUUCCUUUUCGGACGCAGCUUAGGCGGGGCCUGCGGGUCUGCGCGCGCCCGCGCCGUCCUUGGUGGCAGAGCCGCCAAAGCCCAGGUCUGUGCGGAGGCCGAUGCCGGUCCUCUCCAGCUCUGCGUCCCCGCGGAGGGGCGUCGCCCGCUGGGGCCUCGCGGGAGGUGCCGGGCGUGCGGGCUGAGCUGGGUCCCAGCGCGGGGCCUCCCCGAGGGAGGGCGCCGCCUUUCCCUCUCUUGUGCCAGUUUCCCGAGAGGCCCUGGUCCCGGCUGUUCGAUGAAGCGCCGGCGCCGGCUUGAGAGCAGGGGAGCGAGAAUGCGGGUGUAGACCUGCCUUAACGCCCCCACAGCCUGCGUGCGCUGUCUUCCCGCCCCGUCAGAUCACGGGGUGGGAGGUGUGGACGCAGGUGCAUGCCCCCCUCCCUUUUGCCCGGCGGUGCCUGCUUCCUCCGGGCCACCCUCCCGCCCUCGGCCCUGCGGGCACUGCCUCUGUCCCCGUCACUCCCCGUCGCCCAGCACCUGCGCGGCUGCAGGGAGCCUCGCCCUCUCGGGGGCCUCCGGAGCUGGCGGGAUCGCCAGCACAGCCUUCACUCGGGCCGCAGCUGCUGCCCGGAAAAUCCGGCUUUGUCCACACUGCCACCCCACUGGUGCCUUCCAAUAGCCAGCCCGAGGAUCAAAGCUCGGAUCCAGUCUGUUGCUUCUGUUACCACACACGUGACAGGUAAACACUACCGGCUGUGGUCUCCUCCGGGUCAGACUCCAGGAGGCUGUGAACGUCGCUGCGAGCUGGUAAACCCUGCUCUCCGGUGCUUUGCCCGGGUGUCUGUCACCGUUUCAAAAACACGCUGCCUUCCAGACUGGCCUCCUCUGGGUGUUCCUCUGCUACAAUCUGUGUGGCCUGUCGAGGACUUUUCUGAGCAAGUGAACGAGAAAACACUUCCCCUGUAAGUGGCACCAGAAUGUUCCUGUGGUUGAAGAACCAUCCCCAGGCCCCGGCCCCAGGCCACGCUGUUCCGUCCUGUGUCCUGGGGCCUGUCCUGCUCGCUUUCAUCCGGCAGAUAAGCAGCGGCCUCGGAGGCUGGCCCGCAGGAAGGGGAGGAAGAGGCCUGCUUCUGAGUCAUCCUGUUAUCACAGCGUUUGAACGAGGGGACAGCACGAAAUCCUUUCUCGUGCUCGAGGCUUCCUGUCGGCGUUUGCUGGAGUUUCGGCUCUUUUUUUGGCUGGAGAAAAGUUGCUGUUUUUGUCCUGCUUCCUGUGGCUCUUCAUAAACCGAAAGGACGUGCUCCAGGUUCAGGGCCAGUGACCCUGGUUUAAGGGAAAAGAACGCGCUUGGGCUCCGUCGGGGCAGGGCCGAGGGCCUGCCCUGGGCCUGCAGCUGCGCUCUCCCUGCCGGCUGGGCCCGGGGCUCCCGGGGGCCUCGGGGGCCUCCGGCUCCCUCACCAGCUGGGAACCGUCUCCGUGGCUCUGCCCUCGCCAUCCGUGCAACCGGCGGAGGUGUUGGAACGGCUCUCCCACCAGUUGGGCUCAGCCUGGUCAGUGAAGCAGCCUGACACGUGCGCUGGUCCCCUUGCAGACCCAGACGCGCCCCGGGAGGGGAGGCCGCGGCUGUUGAGGGGCCGGGACGCGGGUGGGACGCCUGAGGGCCUGGGCCCCCGCCCCUCCACUGCGAGCCGAGCAGGCAGCUUCGCAAGGCCUGAUUUGUCAUAGAGAAGAAGGUCACUCUUUGCAAGGCUAAACUAAAACCAUUUACAGUUUUUCUGCACGUAGUUUAUAGUCAUUUUUCUGUCCAAAACCUUAGGCUUUUGUAUUUUUUAAUUUCACUGUUACUCCUGAUUAUUGUCUUUUUUAUUGAGAUGUUGGAGAAGCAGGAGAUAGUUGUGCCUCAUCUAUUACUACAAAAACCUAACAAUAAACUUCCUUAAACUAAGAUACUUUCCUCAUAGUUCCACCAUUUACACACAAAGACACGUGUAUGUGUUUCACUGAAAUAUUUUUUUAACCCUCCUGUUUGUAGACAACUUGUUUCACAGAUACUGCGUUGUGGCUUUGUAAUUUAUAGAGAUCGCUAGAGUCCUUCUUUUUAUAGUUCUUUUACUUCUUUGAUAAAAGAAGAAGGAGUCAGGUAAUUUGAACUCCAAGACCAAGAAAUAAUCUUGCAACAAGAUGACGGGUUGUGACCAACUCUGGCAUCCUGGAGACAGACACUCGCCACCUUGGUGUCGUAAGUGUGGGCACCGUUUUCUGGAGCCUGGGGUGAACGGCUCACGGCUUACACUUUGCCCAGCCCUUUGGCAUCGGUCGAGGGGCUGGUUUGAUGAUCUGACCUCUUUCAGUCUCUGGAUAUUUGUUAAAAUAGAUCCUUAAUUUUUCUUCAAUAGAAAAUACCACUCAGCGUUCAAAGCCAACAGUAAUUUUUCGGUCCCAGAUAUUCAGAGCAGAUAGAUAACUGUAACCCUGAUGCUCCUUGAAGCUUCAUUAUUCGCCGAUCAGUUUAUUUCCACGUGGGACACGCAGGAGAGCCGCCACAGACACUGUGAGUGCACAAGCCCCCUGGACACGCCUGCAGCUCAGGGAAGAGCGCCAGACACACGUAGCAACACGCGUGUGUGUGUGUGUGUGCAGGGCGGGGGAGGGGGGCCUCCUGCUGCCCUGAACCUGGGAGCCGGGGGUGGGGCUGAGGAGAGGCCCGGUGAUGGACCUGGAUGUGCCCGGAGGCCAGAGGAAGGGAGGGUGGGGAUUCUUCAGCCGCCGCCCCCUCUACUGUCCCCACCGCAAACCUGAGAAGCUGCUG